UACAUAUAUACCUGAAGAACUGCAAGCCAUGGCUGAGCAGGGUGAUACCGUAGCAGGCAGCUCACCUGUUGUAAAGGCCGACAAAUCCAACGAGCCCCAUGAGGAACAACAGUACCUGGACCUGAUCCGUCGCAUCAUCGAAACCGGCGUUCAGCGCGAUGACCGCACGGGAACCGGCACUCUCUCUGUGUUUGGCACCCAGAUGAGAUUCUCCCUUAGAGAUGGUCGUUUCCCACUGCUGACCACGAAGCGCGUGUUCUGGCGCGGCGUGGCUGAGGAGCUGCUGUGGUUCAUCCGCGGCAGCACGGACGCCGCCGAGCUGCAGCAGCGCGGCGUGCACAUCUGGGACGGCAACGGCAGCAGAGAGUUCCUCGAUCAUCUGGGCUUCACCGACCGCCGGGAGGGGGACCUGGGGCCCGUGUACGGGUUCCAGUGGCGACACUUCGGCGCCAAGUACCGCGGCCCCGACGCCGACUACACCGGCCAGGGCGUCGACCAGCUGGCCAGCGUCAUCCACGACAUCAGGACGAACCCGAACAGCCGCCGCAUAGUGAUGAGCUCGUGGAACGCGGCUGACCUGCCGCUGAUGGCGCUGCCGCCGUGCCAUUGCCUGGCCCAGUUCUACGUGGCCAACGGCGAGCUCAGCUGCCUGCUGUACCAGCGCGCGGCCGACAUGGGUCUCGGCGUGCCCUUCAACAUCGCCAGCUACGCUCUGCUCACCUGCAUGAUCGCCCACGUGACCGGCUUGAAGCCGGGCGAGUUCGUGCACUCCAUGGGUGACACGCACGUGUACCUGAACCACGUGGAGCCGCUGAAAGAGCAGCUGGCGCGCGAGCCUCGCCCCUUCCCGCGGCUGCGUUUCGCUCGCGCUGUCGACGACAUCCAGCAGUUCACCAUGGACGACCUUCAGCUGGAGGGGUACGAUCCGCACAAGAAGCUCUACAUGAAGAUGGCCGUCUGAGUGCACAAAGCUACGCCGGUCUGUGCUUGGAGGUGAUUGUCUGAAGGCCUUAAGAUCGAAACGGAGGUGGCGGUCAGGUAGAUUUAGGUCUGGUGGAUGGCGGGAGUUCA